CGGCCGGCCGCGUCCAUGCAGCCCCGCCGGCCCCCGCCGCCCGCGCCCGGGCCCCCGCGCCCCGCCGCGCCGCUGCUCGCGCUGCCGCUGCUGCUGCUCGCCGUCCAGGGGGCGGCGGCGCCCGCGGGGCCCGAGGCCGCGGAGUGGCGCCCGGACACGGGGCCUCCGCACGGGCUCCUGCGGCAGGCGGCGCGCGCGGCGCUGCACUUCCUCAACUUCCGCGCGGGCUCUCCCAGCGCCCUGCGAGUGCUGGCCGCCGUGCAGGAGGGCCGCGCCCGGAUCAAUGCAAAGAAGGAAUGUACAGUUGACCUGGUGUUUACCACGGAGCGCUACAACUCAGAGGAAGGCGAGGAAAGUUUGGGGAAAUGUUCUGCUCGAGUGUUCUUCAGGAACCGGAAGCCCAGACCCGCCGUUAAUGUCACCUGUGCACGGCUCAUGGAGAAGACCAAACGACAGCAAGAGGACUACCGGCUUUACAAGCAAAUGAAGCAACUGAGAAACCCCCUGGACGGAGUCAGCAUACCUGUACAGUGUGGCCACUCCGCCAACACCUCCUGCCUUGGACGUCGCGCCUCCCUGCUGGGCGGUGGGGGCAGGGCCAGGCCGCCCGCCGAGCAGAGGCCUCCGCGACAGCACGCGCCUGUAGGCCCCAGUUUUCAGGGCUGAGUCAGAACCUGAGGGGACACGUCCGGAGACUUCCGCCGGCGGCUUUGGAAGACUGGGUGAGGGGACGCCGUCCAGGGCCUCCCCCUGCGCAGCACGCCCGCCAGAGCUGCGACAGCCGGCGUCUGGGUCCUGGGCGGCGGCUGCGGCGGAGUCGGGUUCAUCUCGCCUUCGCUCAAGGGCUGACGGCAGCCGCGUCUCUAACAGGAAGCGCGCGCGGCCCUCCGAGGUGACUCGGCUGACGCGAAGCCGAGCUCCUCUCUCCCAGCUCCCGCCAGGGAGGCGGGCGCCGCCGACAAACGCAAGUCCCGAAGCCGCCGCCCACUCCGGAUUGGCGCGUGGGGACGGAGCUUA